AUGCCGUCUUCUGUCCACAAAACAACUUAUCCGGGCAUCUCGCCGUUGCGCCCCGAACUCUCCACGAAGGGUAAGAAUGCUCUCAUCACGGGUGGAGGCUCUGGUAUCGGUGCCAAUAUUGCGAAGUCCUUUGCAAAGUCAGGCGUCACCAAUUUGGCUCUUCUAGGUCGCACAGGCAAGACUCUCCUCACCACCAAGGCCGAAUUAGAGAAAGACUACCCCGAAACAAAAGUCUGGACGUAUAUCGUUGAUAUUGCCGAUGCUGAGUCAACUCGAUAUGCCUUGGAUGCGUACGCAAAGGCAGUCAACGGCAAGAUUGAUAUCCUCGUCGCCAAUGCAGGAUACAUGCCCAAGAAAGAGCGCAUCACUGUAGCCGACCCAGACGACUGGUGGAGCGGUUUCGAAAUCAACACAAAGGGAAACUUCAACCUCUUGCGAGCAUUCGAUCCUCUCGCAGCCCCAGGAGCAAGAGUGAUCCACGUCUCCAGUCGCUCCACAUACAUGGAGUUUCUAGAAGGAUUUUCGGCGUAUCGAGGGUCGAAGCUGGCGGCUUACAAGCUCUUUUCCUGGUACGCAAACGAGAAUCCGGAAAAGGUGGUCCAUCAAUUCGACCCGGGUUUCGUUUUCGAUACUGGUAUGACUGGUCCUUUUGAGGCUCUGAUCAAAGAACAAGGGAUCGUGGGGGAUGACGUUGAACUUGCGAGUGACUUUGCGGUUUGGCUGGCGAGUGAUGAGGCGAACUUCUUGAGCGGUCGCUUUGUCGAAUGUACUUGGGAUAUCGAGGACAUCAAGGCAGCUAAGGAGGAACUGAAGGCAUCGUGGAAUAAGUGGACUAUUGGGCUGUUAGAGUAG